CGUGACAGAUAGUUUUGUCGUAAAGCGUAAAGUAAAUUGUUUCAUUAUUUUUUUAUCCAAAAAUAAGAAGAAUCCUGGUAAUUAUGAAUUAAUGCAGCAGAGUAGUAGCUGGUAGUUGCGAUAUGGCUGAGUAUCGAUCUGGUUCUUAUUGCGUGUCUUCCGGAGUAGGCAGCGAUUCAGAAGUCAUGGCCGAACUAGCGGCUUUGCUGCAUCAGGAAAUUCCUGAGGGAAGACACAAUCUUGCCGACAGUUAUACUAAUCUUGAACGUGUUGCGGAUUAUUGUGAGGCUAACUAUUUUCAAGCGGACAAUAAAAGGAUUGCGUUAGAAGAAACAAAGAAUUAUACGACUCAAUCGUUAGCUAGUGUAGCGUAUCAAAUAAAUACUCUCGCUUAUAAUUUUCUUCAAUUAUUAGAUUUACAAACAUCUCAAUUAGCUGAGAUGGAAAGUCAAAUGAAUCAUAUUGCUCAAACUGUAAUGAUACAUAAAGAAAAAGUUGCUAGGCGAGAGAUAGGUGUAUUAACGGCUAACAAAAUGACAGCCCGUCAAUAUAAAAUUAUAGCACCUGCAAAUCCUGAAAAGCCUAUUAAAUAUGUAAGAAAAAGCAUAGAUUAUACAAUUUUGGAUGACAUCGGCCAUGGUGUACGUAGCAGUGGCACACCGAGAAGUAAAGAAAGGGGAGGUAGUCAAGGUAGCGUUCAGAGUUUGGGUGCAACGUCUACUGGCUCUGGUUUAGCUGCUGCUAUGGUGGGACCUGCUCCUACAACUAAGCCACCGACUCCUCCACAAACAGUAAGGACUGGAACACUGAGUAAAGGUUCUCGAGAAUACAGAACCCCACCUGCGGUUGCUCCACCUCAAGUUCCUAGUCAUUAUGCGCCAAAUUAUCCAUUGGGUCAUCCACGACGCGAGCGUGGCCCAGGAUAUAGUACUUUACCAUUGCAUGCUCAUACGACUUCUCAUUCUGUUCACAAUGCCAAUCAUUCUACACACACAAAUAAUAUGACACAACAUACUUCUCCACCUCAAGUGGGUACAGUCCAUCCGUUACAAAGUCAUCCGCAGACUCCACCGCCAGCACCGCCAAGUGUAACAGGAGCUGCAGGAUAUAUACAGGAGCAACAUAAUAAUAUGCCCCCACCACCUUCUCCACUGGUCGGUAUCAGUGGAGAUAUGGCUGAUUAUAGUGGGCACCAUACUUUACCGCAUAGAUUAGCACAUCAAAUUAGUCGAAGUAGCGGUGCUAGCAGUCCACCACUACCACCUCCUCCGCCUCCGGAACAAGAGGAGCAUCCUCAAUUUGGUAGGCCAACUCCUUCAAGUGGUGCUAUAAUGCCUAUUGUACCGGAUGAAGAAGAUUUGCCUGGUUGGGUACCUAAAAAUUAUAUCGAGAAAGUUGUUGCUAUUUAUGAUUAUUAUGCCGAUAAGGAAGACGAACUGAGUUUUCAAGAGAGCUCUGUUAUUUACGUUUUAAAAAAGAACGAUGAUGGUUGGUGGGAAGGAGUGAUGGAUGGAAUAACCGGAUUAUUUCCCGGCAAUUAUGUUGAACCUUGUGUUUAGGCAUGUAUUAUAUAUAUAUAUAUACUUAUUAAGCAUUUUACGUAAAAGAUCAGUAUCUAGAAUUAAAAGACUGCUAUUUUAAGGUAUACGCAAUGGAGCUUUGUAACUAUAACAUUAUUUGUUAUAUCAUCGAUUAGCAGGAAGUUAGAUGUGAACGGACAGUUUAUGUGAAAAUAAGCAGUCGAUAUCGAGUUUUAGAAAAUAUUUAUCAUAGGAUGGGGUCCGUUGUUUUGAGGAGUAGCGAAUAAAAUACUCUUUGGCUCUUCCAAAUGAUGUUCGUCAAUUUUUCUUUUUUUUUUUUUUUUUUU